UGUGGGCAUGUGCUUAUUUGGCCAACAGAGGCCAGUCAUUGGCUAAAUAUUAAAAUAAUUCAGGAACUAAUAAACAGAGAUCAUCAUGUCAGCAUUCUGGUUCUGACAACAUCUCUCUUUAUCACACCUGGAGAUAUUGCAGCUGCCAAUUUUGAAGUAUUUUCUGUUCCCUUAACAAAGGAAGAGUUUAAUUCUUUGAUCACAGAUCUGAUAAAGUUGUGGUGGAAUAACAAACCAUCGAUGACAACCUUUUAUAGGUUUUAUCAGAAACUAGGAAAAUUGAUGGAAAAAGCAAAUAAACUCAGUAGGCAAAUGUGUGAAGCAGUUCUAUCGAAUCAAGAACUCGUGUCUAAACUAAAGAACGCAAAAUAUGAUGUGCUUCUUUCUGAUCCUGUGACGCAGUGUGGUGAUUUGAUUGCUUUGAAGCUGAACAUCCCAUUCUUAUACACUCUGAGGUUCUCCCCAGCCUCAAUAGUAGAGAGACAUUGUGGGAAAAUGCCUGCCCCUUUUAUUUAUGUUCCAGCUGCUUUAUCUGGGUUCACAGACAAAUUGUCUUUUGGAGAAAGGAUACAAAAUAUUAUCUUUUACUACGUUCAAGACUAUGUUUUCCAAAAAUAUAGUGGGGAAUGGGUUUCCUAUUAUAGUCAAGUUUUGGGGAGACCCACAACACUGUGUGAAAUAAUGGGUAAAGCAGAAAUAUGGUUAAUCCAAACCUACUGGGAUUUUGAAUUUCCACGACCUUUUCUACCAAACUUUGAAUUUGUUGGAGGUUUGCACUGCCAGCCAGCCAAGUCUUUAUCUGAGGAAAUGGAAAAAUUUGUAGAUUCAAAUGAACAUGGCAUUGUAAUAUUUUCCCUUGGUUCACUGGUUCAAAACUUAACAGAUGAAAAAAAUAAUAUAAUUGCAUCAGCACUCAGCCAGCUUCCACAAAAGGUUAUUUGGUGGUAUAAGGGGGAAAAGCUAGAAAUGCUUGGAGCCAAUACAAGGACCUAUGAUUGGAUACCACAAAAUGAUCUUCUUGGUCAUCCAAAGACCAAAGCAUUUAUAACAGGUGGAACAAAUGGAAUUUAUGAAGCCAUUUACCAUGCAAUUCCCAUAGUAGGGAUUCCCCUAUUUGCAGACCAGAUUGAUAUUACCGGUAUGAAGGCAAAGGGAAUGGCCGUGGAACUGGACAUCCACAUAAUGAAAGCAGAGUAAAUGCUUUGAAUACUGUCAUUCAUAAUGCUCUGUGAGUUGUUUAUAAACUCUCUUCAGAAAUUGAGAUAC